CGUCCAUCCUGAUCCCCAACAACGCGCAGGCAGAGGCGCUCGCGAAGAGGAUCCCCGCUAAGAGCAGCAGCAUCCCCACGGUGUACAACAUCACAGCGUUCCACAUCCUGCGCAAGCGCAUGACCGUCCCGCAGCUGCGCCAGGUGAAGCAGCGGGUGGCGGUGGGCACGCAGCUCCGGCAGCCGGUGUUCAAGAUGACGGCGGCGAAUAGCAGCGCGGUGGCGUUUGCCAAAGGGCCGUAUUUGAAGCAGGCACAGUGGACCACGAUCCGCAUCCCCGGGCUGUAUGUGGGCCACUGGUUCAUUGCCCAUGGGGUCGACCGCGUGCUCAUCCCCACUCACACCAAGAUUUGAUGAUACUGUACAGUUGGGGGGG